GUGUCAGCCCAAGUGUCGGCGUGAUAGGAGUGUGUGCGGUGUUCGUGCUGCCAUGCCUUUAUUAAAAUAGUAUGUAACUAGGACUACACAUUGCGAGAGUGUUAAGAAGUCCAUAAGCACCUCUUCGCGUCCAAGGGUCCCUCAGGUGUAAUAACCCCCAGACGUGAGUACCUGAGCCCCUCCAAUGUCUCGUACCGUCCUGAGUGGUGUUUGAUGGAGGUGACCGGGGCGGACAUCACCUUCUCCCUGCAGCACGGGCUGGUGCGUGACAUCACCACCGUCAACGCAUCCCAGCUGACACUCAAGACCCUCAAGGACCGCGCCUGCGAGUUCAUCAACACCAAGUUCCCAGAGCACAGCCUCAGCAAGCUCAACGAGAGACUUAUCCUCUUCCGCCACGACUACGACUCUCCCAAUAUCCUACAGAUCAUCAACGCUGCCUCUGAGGUCACACAGGACACCCUUGUUGAAAUCGUUAUGUCAGCUCACAACCCUUCCGAUGAGGUCCAGAUCCGGCCCCACAUGCUCUAUGUCCAUUCUUACAAGACACCCACCUUCUGUGAUUUCUGCGGGGAGAUGCUGUGGGGGUUGGUGCGUCAGGGGCUCAAGUGUGAAGGAUGUGGCCUCAACUUCCACAAGAGAUGUGCAUACAAAAUUCCAAACAACUGUAGCUAUGCACGUCGGCGGCGAACCUCUGUCAACAUACCCCGGUCCCCAUCAGACUCCCUAAACUCUCUUCACAAUCAGACUUCCCUCGAAGGUGACGCCCCUGUGGUAAGGGACAUGGCUUCCCUCACUGUCACCAACACAACUUCCAGCCCAAACAUGAGAUCUGGUCGCACUUCCUUCAGUGUGUCAGUGGGUAGACCUGUGUGGAUGGAGAAAGAGCUUGCUGGAAGAAUAAAGGUGCCACAUUCUUUUGCAUUGCACAGCUACACAACACCAACUAUUUGCCACUACUGCAAGAAGCUAUUAAAAGGUCUUUUUAGACAAGGUGUGCAGUGUAAGGACUGCAAGUUCAAUGCCCAUAAGAAAUGUUCAGAGAGGGUACCAAAGGACUGUACUGGGGAGGCUCCAAGGAAAGAUGACGGUGAUACAGGAUCUGACGGCUCCCGGGAUGAGGAGAGCGACAAUGAUGAGUCCCUCACUCCUCCAAACAUAGAGCAAGACAAUAAUGAAGAUGAUCGGCCAAGACCAGACAGUCCAUCAACGAGUAACAACAUUCCACUCAUGAGAAUUGUGCAAUCUGUUAAGUAUUCCAAGCGACCGUCCAAGGUGCUCAAGGAAGGUUGGAUGGUCCACUUCACAAAUAAGGAUAGCAUGCGCAAGAGACACUACUGGCGUCUUGACACAAAAACGAUAACUUUAUACCAAAAUGAAACCAGCACAAAAUACUUCAAGGAAAUACAGCUUUCAGAAGUGUUGAAUAUUGAGACUGCCAAGCAAGCCCAUCCAGCAGACGCGCCGCGAGGAGUUAUGCACUGCUUUGAGCUGCGCACUGCCAAUGUGGACUACUUUGUUGGAGAAGAACCUGUUGCUGUGAAAGACAAAUCCCCACCAAUACUAAAUCCUCCAGACUCUGGCGUGGGCAUGGGUCUUGCCAUGGUGUGGGAGAAUGAAAUCCGCAAGGCCCUGAUGCCAGUAACACCACAGGCCAGUGCCACGCCCACCCACCCACAGCAAGUUGGCAUGGAUAAGGAGGAGGCCACAUGUAAUGAUAUCUCUCAGAUAUACCAGAUAUUCCCUGAUGAGGUUUUAGGAUCUGGACAAUUUGGCAUUGUUUAUGGUGGAGUCCAUCGCAAGUCUUCACGGCAGGUGGCUAUCAAGGUUAUAGAUAAGUUAAGGUUCCCCACCAAGCAAGAGGCAGCCUUGAAGAAUGAAGUGGCCAUCCUGCAGAAUCUGAGUAAUCCAGGUGUUGUCAACUUGGAGAGAAUGUUUGAAACAAAGGAAAGGAUUUUUGUGGUUAUGGAGAAACUAAAGGGAGACAUGUUGGAGAUGAUCUUAUCUUCUGAACGGGGGAAACUGUCUGAACGCAUUACAAAGUUCCUCAUAUACCAGAUUCUGACUGCUUUAAAGCACCUGCACAGCAAGAACAUUGUGCAUUGUGACCUCAAACCUGAAAAUGUGUUGCUCUCCACUGCAAGUGACUUUCCCCAAGUGAAGUUGUGUGACUUUGGGUUUGCAAGGAUUAUUGGAGAGAAGUCCUUCAGGAGGUCUGUGGUGGGCACACCAGCGUACCUGGCUCCUGAAGUGCUGCGCAAUAAGGGCUACAACCGCUCACUGGACAUGUGGUCAGUAGGCGUCAUCACAUACGUCUCACUGUCUGGAACUUUCCCCUUCAAUGAGGAUGAAGACAUCAAUGAUCAGAUUCAGAAUGCUGCUUUCAUGUAUCCUCCAAACCCAUGGAAGGAAAUCACCCAAGAUGCCAUUGAUCUGAUCACCAACUUGUUACAAGUGAAGCAAAGGAAACGACUCACUGUAGACAAGUCUUUGGCUCACAUUUGGCUUCAGGACUACCAGUGCUGGUGUGACCUCAGGGAGCUGGAGAAGAAAGUUGGUGUGCGUUACAUAACUCACGAAUCUGAUGAUGCGCGCUGGGCAGCUUACCGUAAACAUGGCUCCUCUCCUCUACGCUCACCGACUGAAGAGGAUGAUGACACUUAACCUGCAUAAUAUUGCUGUUUGGCACCUCAAUACCUUUUAUCAAAUAAUUCAAAUAAGCAUAUUCUUAAGAUAAUGCUUAAUUUCAGUGACUGAUUGCUGUGGGAGAUUGUAAUGAAGUGGCAGGAAGUGGGUUGUUCUAGAUUUAAGUAACUACUAAUAAUUACCAAUGUAUUGUACAAGCGAGCAUGAACCAUUUGAAGAUAUUGUUCAAGGAAAAGUGAUCCUUGUAUUAUUUUAUUAGCACCCAAAGCUGCAGUUUUCUCUUGUCAGUUUUCUGUAACACAGGAAACCUUAGGGAGUCAGAAGGAUCACUUUAGCGCAAGAGCCUGGAAGAGAUUAAACUUUGAGGUGCACAGAUUACAGAAACUGCACUGUACAUACCUAGGGAUAGCUGGUACAGAUUAGGAUUUGGUGUUUCUUCAAUUCUGUGCUCUCUUGGUCUUGUUAUUUUAGAUUUGAAUUAAAUUGAGAAGUAUUAAGUAGCUAUAUUAACUUCUGCAGGAUGUAGGUGUCUUUUAAGGCAGACAUUUAUAUUGUACCUAAUUCUUCUUUGAGCUGCAAAAGUAUUUUGUUUCUUUAUUCAUUCACCACUCUGUGAACUCAUAUGAUGUAUUUGUUAAUACUUGUACUAUCUCAAUAGGUUGUGUUUGUGCACCCAGUUCCUUUCCUGCUUGGAAUUCUGGUUUUAUUUUCCACCAUUAUAGAUAAUAUUUCUUAAAAAUUUGUAGCUUAUUAUAACCAAUGAUUUAGUCAUAAUCAGAGAUGAUAAAGGUGUGGAUUUAAUGAAUAGAGCACAGCGAUAGGACUGUGGGCAUGAAAGACUGCGCAAGAAAGUGAAAAAAAUAGGGAUAUCUCAUCACAGAUAUUGCCUUGAAAGAGAUUUUCCCAGAGUGAGGCAUGAAAGGUGUAGACAUAAAGGCAAGUAGGUUGACCUGUAUUAGCCAGAAUUCCUAAUUGAGUCUGUUGUGUAUCACCAACACUGAAGUUCCUAGUUGACUUUUCAUUGUAACUAGGGAAACUGCAAAAUGUUACUUGCUUUCUAAAUGCUCAAGAAAGGUGGAUUUCUAGAGAGAAAGUGGUAUUUGCCUCCAGAAUACUAGAAACCUAAACUAAUAAUAAUUGUAAAACCUUGAAUGUGUCAAAAAGAUUGAUGUUGGAUUCUCCUUAAGAAAAUUGAUUUACUUUAUUGAACUACUCUGAGUAAUACUGACUUAUGCUCCUCUGUCUCAAUUUAACCUCCAUUUUACCAGUGCAGUACAUGAAUACAGAGGAUUUGGGAAUGACGCUAAGUGUUGUUUUGUGAUUCAUUUAGAACCAUUACUAGUUAAGGUCUGGAAUAACUCUCUCUCUCUCUCUCUCUCUCUCUCUCUCUCUCUCUCUCUCUCUCUCUCUCUCUCU